GCCGUCGGGGUCGCCUGCGAUGACAUGAGCGGAGGCCGCUUUGACUUUGACGAUGGCGGGGCCUACUGCGGGGGCUGGGAGGCGGGCAAGGCCCACGGGCACGGACUGUGCACCGGCCCCAAGGGCCAGGGCGAAUACUCGGGCUCCUGGAACUUCGGCUUUGAAGUGGCGGGUGUCUACACCUGGCCCAGCGGCAACACCUUCGAGGGCUACUGGAGCCAGGGCAAGCGGCACGGGCUGGGCAUAGAGACCAAGGGACGCUGGCUGUACAAGGGCGAGUGGACGCACGGCUUCAAGGGCCGCUACGGCACCCGGCAGAGCAGCAGCAGCGGCGCCCAGUACGAGGGCACUUGGAGCAGCGGCUUGCAGGACGGGUAUGGCACUGAGACCUACGCGGAUGGAGGGACGUACCAAGGCCAGUUCACCAACGGCAUGCGCCACGGCUACGGCGUGCGCCAGAGCGUGCCCUACGGGAUGGCCGUGGUGGUGCGCUCGCCGCUGCGCACGUCGCUCUCGUCCCUGCGCAGCGAGCACAGCAACGGCACGGUGGCCCCGGACUCGCAGGCCUCGCCCACCGCGCCGACCGCCGACGGCCCGACGCUGCCCUCGCCCGCCAUCCCGCGCGGCGGCUUCGCGCUCAGCCUCCUGGCCAACGCCGACGCCGCGGCGCGCGCCAGCAAGGGCGGCGGCCUGUUCCAGCGGGGCGCGCUGCUGGGCAAGCUGCGGCGCAGCGAGUCGCGCGCGUCUCUGGGCAGCCAGCGCAGCCGCGUGAGCUUCCUCAAGAGCGACCUCAGCUCCGGCGCCAGCGACAACGCCUCCACCGCCAGCCUGGGCGAGGGCGCCGAGGGGGCGGACGAGGCAGCGCCCUUCGAGGCCGACAUCGACGCCACCACCACCGAGACCUACAUGGGCGAGUGGAAGAACGACAAGCGCUCGGGCUUCGGCGUGAGCGAGCGCUCCAGCGGCCUCCGCUACGAGGGCGAGUGGCUGGACAACCUGCGCCACGGCUACGGCUGCACCACGCUGCCCGACGGCCGCCGUGAGGAGGGCAAGUACCGCCACAACGUGCUGGUCAAGGGCACCAAGCGCCGCGUGCUGCCGCUCAAGAGCAGCAAGGUCCGCCAGAAGGUGGAGCACAGCGUGGAGGGGGCCCAGCGGGCCGCCGCCAUCGCGCGCCAGAAGGCCGAGAUCGCUGCCUCCAGGACAAGCCACGCCAAGGCCAAAGCUGAAGCAGCAGAACAGGCUGCUCUGGCUGCCAACCACGAGUCCAACAUUGCCAGAACUUUGGCCAGGGAGCUGGCUCCAGACUUCUACCAGCCAGGUCCCGAGUACCAGAAGCGCCGGCUGCUCCAGGAGAUCCUGGAGAACUCGGAGAGCCUCCUGGCGCCCCCAGACCGCGUCCCCGGCCCCGCGGACCUUCCCCGGCGGCCCCGCGAGAGCCCGCAGCUCCACGAGCACGAGACCCCGCGGCCCGAGGAGGGCACCCCACCCCCCACGCUCCGAGCCCCCGAGCCUCGGCCCGAAAGCCCCGCCAAGCUGCAGCCCAAGCCCAUCGUCCCCAAAGCCGAGCCCGAGGCCAAGGCCCGCAAGACCGAGGCCCGAGGCCUGACCAAGGCGGGGGCCAAGAAGAAGGCGCGGAAGGAGGCUGCGCUGGCGGCCCAAGCCGAGGUGGAGGUAGAGGAGGUCCCCAACACGGUCCUCAUCUGCAUGGUGAUUCUGCUCAACAUCGGCCUGGCCAUCCUCUUCGUUCACCUCUUGACCUGA